AGCCACCUAUGUAACGGUAACAAGUGACACGCGCAGCUUAUUUCUCUUCUUCUUCCUUCUUGAGGACUAAAAACAGAUUUUUCUUCUCUCUAGAAAUUUGAUGGCGGAAAGAACUGAAGGGAAAUGGUGAAUCAGUUAUUUGCUGUAGAAUCAAAAUACCAGAAUACAAUUAUAUCGGUCUACGCUUUAAAGACGGGUACCAAUAAUUGGGGGUAACUAGCCGAAGUGAAGAACCUGCUAUGGAUUCAGAUUCUUUACAGAGUGUGUAUAGAACUGGACAUGCAAAUGGAUGUGAUUGGCAAGAGGAAGUCUAUCAAGAGGUAAUUUUCAUGACAUUAACAUUUUUGCCUGAACUAAAUGAGAUGUACCAGAAAACGUUGACGAAGAUACAGCAGGUAAACUAUCUUCCACAGCUACCCAUGCCAGAGGGACUUGAGAAACUAAAAACAUUUAAGACAAUGCUAGAGCGCAUGAUAUCAUUCUUACAUGUUUCAAAAGACAAUGUUUUACCUGGUUUCAAGGAUAAGUUGGGUGCUUAUGAGAAGCAGAUUGUGAAAUUUAUAAAUGCAAAUAGAUCCAGAGAGAGAACUUCUGAGCUUCAGUCUCGUAUGGGAUCAUUAUCACUAGCAUCAUCGUAGGCUUCUAAUGAUAUGGAUCUGGACCUUUAAUCAUUUCGCAUUUAUGGGUUUGGUGGAUAACUGGAUUCUUAGAAAAUGACAAAGAUAAAGAAACAGAAAGGCAGAACCUGAGAAUUCUUGGAAUGACGAUGAUUUUUAAUGUUGAUUCACAAAGCAGUAGAACCGAAACUGAUGUCUUUGAUAAAGACGAAGAGGGCAAAAAUGGCAAGUUAUUGGUGAAAAUUGUUACUUACUAGAGAACUAUAUAUAGUUGGGCCAAAAAGGCCUAAGCCCAACACAGUGUACUUUUGAAUGAUGUUCCAAGUUUUGAGCAAGGGAUUUUGUUUUCGUAUGUUUGUUUAUAUGGGAAAAAUUUUAUGUAAACGGGUCCAUGAGGUUUUUUUAUUAAAACGAUGAUAUUUUUUACCAUA